ACUGUGAGUCGUCGCUGGGGAAAGUAGUUCCGGCCACUUUUAUCCAAACGCGGUGGAGGGGGAGUGGGGCAGAGACCCGGAUGUUGGCACGGCCGCGGACAGAAAGGCGAACGAGAGAAGGCGGAGAGAGGCUGAGCAGGAGACGCCACGGCACCGCGGGUUACACCGGCGAAGCUACGGUCACAGCAGCUCUAAAUACAACAGGAAGACACUGUCAGAGAACACGGACACUCCUGGGGGAGUCCCGCUAGCUGACGGAGAGGAGCUUAAAGGAAGGGGAGGGGGCACUUACAGUGAAACUACCGUGAGGAUUUUACCAGGGAGCCGCCGUCACACAGCAGCUUUCACCCAGAAGUUGAUCUACAGAAGAUGCUCCUCUGAUGUCCUGAGGAAGCCCUGACUCCAGACUGAAGCAGCCGCAGCCGCAGCGUCGUCUCGCUUCGUUGACUCAGACGUGAUCGGUCGGCCAACACUGAUAAACCAACGCCGCCGCCUGCGCCUUUUCCCCACCCCCCUCCUGCGUACCCUGCCGCCAUCAUGACGUCGGAGCUGGAGAGCAGCCUGACCUCCAUGGACUGGCUUCCACAGCUGACCAUGCAGGCGGCCAUCCGCAAGGCUGACGCCCAGAAUGCCCACGGGCCUGGCAUGGGCAAGAAAAGUGCCCUUCUAGAUCCUAACACCACGCUGGACCAGGAGGAAGUGCAGCAGCAUAAAGAUGGCAAACCGCCCUACAGCUACGCCAGUCUCAUUACCUUUGCUAUCAACAGCUCGCCAAAGAAAAAGAUGACUCUGAGUGAGAUCUACCAGUGGAUCUGUGAUAACUUUCCGUACUACAGAGAGGCCGGCAGCGGCUGGAAGAACUCCAUACGGCACAAUCUGUCACUGAACAAGUGUUUUCUCAAAGUGCCUCGCUCCAAAGAUGAUCCAGGAAAGGGCUCUUACUGGGCCAUCGACACCAACCCAAAAGAGGAUGCCUUGCCCACGCGGCCAAAGAAGAGGCCUCGUUCUGGAGAGAGAGCGUCCACACCGUACAGCCUGGAGUCAGACUCUUUGGGGAUGGAGUGUAUGAUCUCUGGAAGUGCCUCUCCAACACUGGCCAUCAACACUGUGACCAACAAGGUGGCGCUGUACAACACAGACCAGGAGGGCAGUGACAGUCCCAGGAGCAGCCUGAACAACAGCCUGUCUGACCAGAGUCUGGCCUCCGUCAACCUCAACAGUGUGGGCAGCGUCCACAGCUACACCCCGGUGACCACUCACCCAGAGCCCGUGUCCCAGUCCAUGAGCCUCCAGCAGCCCCCCCAGUACAACAUGGCCGACAGAGACAAGCAGCUGGUGUUCUCCGACUUUGAAGAUCUGAGUGCCUCCUUCCGCAGCCUUUACAAGUCGGUCUUUGAGCAGUCCUUCAGCCAACAAGGUCUCAUUGGCAUUCCCUCAGACUCCUCCCAGCAGACCCACACCUCCUGCUCCUACCAGCACUCCCCCAGUGGAACCAUCAGUUCUCAGAACAGCCUGUCCAACAACCAGGCCAACAGUCACCCCAACAGUCACUCAGCCAACAGCGGCCAGGUGCCCCUGUCCCACCCUGGCCACGUCUCCCCCCACACACCGCACCUAUCGCAGCACAGCGGCCCCCACAACCAACACCCCCAGCACCAACAGCACCCCCAGCACCCUGCGCACCCCCAGCACUCCCAGCACCCCCAGCACGCUGCGCACCCCCAGCACGGGCAGCACACAUCGCAGCAUCCGCCCCACGGCCAACACCCGCAGCAGCAGCACACGCCGCACCCCUCCCAACACACGCAGCACGGCCAACACCCCCCCCAACACGGACAGCAGCACCAGAGCCUCCACCAACCGCAUCCCACUCAGCAACAGAUGGCCUGCAACACAGGGCUGCUGUCGGACUGGUACCCAAACCUGGACGCACUGAAAGAAAGCUGCCGUAUUGCCAGUAACUUCAACUGGACUGACGUUGACCUUUCACCUUUUCAAGGUUUGAGGGAGAGUAUGAGACAAGCAGAGCUGAACAACUGGUCCCUGGAACCGACCCAGAUCGCAGACCUCUGUUCGUCCAUCAAUCAGUUCUUCGCCCGCACAGGUGUAAUCCAGCCACAGGGGGCAGUGCAGCCCUCAGUCUGCCAUGGCUCAAUGCAUCCAAACAAACCCAGCCAACACCUCAACACAGGAAAUCUCUACAUGGACACGAGACAGAACCUGUCCAUGAUGGGUCCUCCAGGGUACCCCCACAUGCCCCCCAUGAGCAGCGCAGGACCCACUCUGACAGGACACCACGGACAGAUGAACCAGCAGCACAUGAUGCCAACCAGGAAUUUCCAGAUGCAUCGUCUCCCAGCGGACGACAUCCAGGACGACUUUGACUGGGACUCCAUCGUCUAGACUCUACGCCUCUUCCUUUUUUUAAGAUGAACGGGAGCAAGGAGAAGAAGUGAGGGAAGAGGAGGAGGAGGAGGAGACGACCUUUGGGAGUGAGACGCAGGACAACGUUGUAGAACCGUUGGAGAAAGACGUCUCCAGAGUCCUGACGUUUUUACAAAGCAGAAACAAGAAGAAGACUUUGUAGACAAUCAUCUUUAGUUGGACGCAGAGACCAGUGAAGAAGAAGAAGAAGAAGGAGAAGGAGAAGGAGACGCUCCUCGGCUCCUCGCCUCCUCGACUCCUCGACUCCUCGACUCCUCGACUCCUCGGCCCCUCCCCUUCCGUCCCUCCUCGUCAGCAGCCUUCCAAAGUCUGACCCUCUGCUUCCUGCCCCGCCCCCCCGUACCCAUGCUCCGUAACUGUCCUGUGAUUUGUCCAGCUUGUAGUUCUUCUGGUGUCCACCUGGGGUCAGCGGUGUCUGGGAUGAGUCUUUGUUUUCUUUUCUUUUUAAAAAUGUUUCUUUCAGUUUGAUUCUGUUGUUAAAGAAUUUCAGGCCUUGAUGGAAAGGUGCUCGUUGGUCACUUUUGGGAGGAAGUGUGCCCCCCUGUGGCUAGACUGGUGCGGAAAGUUUUAAGUUUAUAGAACCUGGGGUUUUGAACAGGGUUUUUUUUUUACCCAAAAAAGUCUUGAUAUUUAGAGAGAGGAUGACAGGAAGUGAUGAUUCUUGUAGCCAAUCGUUUCGAUCCGGUUUGGUGCAGUCGUUAGAGGAACUUUUUAUUUUAAUUUUUUUUUUUUACAGCAGAUUCAAGAUGAACGGACGGCGUUGGAGGCAGUUAGUCUUUUCAGAUUUGAUCCAACAUGAGGUUGUGGUUCAGUGUGUGUUUGUUGUGAAGCUUUGUUUCCCUCUGUGGAGCUGAAAAAGAAAAACUUUGAUGCUGAAGUUGAAUAAGAAAAGAGAGUCGACAGGAGUCGAUGACAACAGCCACAGACGUCAGUGUGUCUGUGACUGUUGGUACUGAAA